AUGGAGCCAACCCCGUUCUUCCGCAAGGUGACCAAGAACAAGGACGGCCGUCCGCGCAAGCAGCGUAAGGGCUGGGGGCGAUUCCAGUCGGUGCUGCGCGAGCGCUCGGCCGACUUCAACCUCACCCUGGACGUGCAGAAUCUGCGCCAGGAGGUGCAGAACUUGAUCACGUUGCGCGAUGUCCUGAGCACGCAGUCGCUGGUGCGACGCGACUCGCCCGAGGGCUCGCUCAGUCGCAUGGUCAAUGAGUACUUCCAUGUGUUCCGCAAGGGGGCGGUCCUGCAAGAAUCGGGGCGCAAACGACUCGUCGACGACCGCGACCAGCGCGCCUUCAUGCACAGCAUGAUGGACGAGCAGGUGGACGUGGGCAACGGCCUCUGCGGGCCGGAAGUCAUGAUGGGGCAGAUGACGGCGUACACCACGUUUCUCCGUUGGAUUUGCAUGACGGGGAAUGUCGUCGGCAUCGUCAAAGCCGACGACUCGGUGCUGGUGUCCGUGAAAGGGUCGUUCGAGUUUCAAGUCAUGCGUACCACGAUUCAACUCGUGUUCCCGCACAUUAUGGGCAACGAAUGGCUCGUAGCUCAACUGGUGGGUAAAGAGGUGGUAGCGCCCGCGCGCUCGACGUUCCACUUCAACUCCGCUGGAAAGUGCUUCAAGUAUGAUGUGGACAUGGACUUUGUCGGGGCGUUUACGAGUGUUGUGAAGGACCCACUCAUU